GCUGUUGUUGUUGUUGUUGUUCUUGGCGAUCGGUUUUCCAUUGAGGAUAACCUCGGACUAUGUACAGUAAGAAAGCAACAACACAAGCAAAUACAAUGCCUUGAAAAGAAAAAAUAAAGUAAAUGCUAAACAUGUUUACAUUGCUGAAAGAAAAGAAAUAAAAAAGAAUAAAAAAAAGACUUGGCACUAAUACGUCACACAGCUAUCCCAAAAAGGAUGUAUGAUACCAUUGAAGAGAAAGAAAGAAAGAAAGGGAGAAAGAGGAAGGGGAUUUAUGUGUGUAUAGAUAGAAAUGCGAUAUGAAGAAAUAAAGGCGCGCUUAUGUGUGGUGUCACUGUUCCUAGAAUUUUUGGCGCCGUUUCUCAAAAAUAACAGCCAUCCUUUUCUUUUAAACCCGUCUUUUCUUGAUGAAACGAGGAUAUGAAGCAGCCUUGGUCAACAGAGACAGUUCUAUUACUGUUGAUGCUCCCAUUGUUGAUCAUGCCAGUAUUGAAUGGAUUCCAUCGUUUGAUGGCUUAAGUUCCAACCUUGUUCAAGAUCGUAUCAAGACAUUAUUGGACAUUGCCCGAUAUGUAUUUUUUAUAUCACUUGAUCAACAAACAACAUUAACUCAAGCAUUACUUGAUCGACUUGAAGUAGAAACAGACAACGAUGCCAAAGCCAUGAUCAUCUUGUUAAUAGAAAAAUGCUGUCAGUUUCCUAAUAUCAACAACUUGCUGAUCUUUCAACGGCUGUUGGCACAAUUAAAAGAUGAAUCAACCAAAGUGAAAUACCAUAUAUACAACAGUAUAUGCAAACUAUUAAAGAGGAGACGCAUUGCUGUUGACGAGCAUAGUAAACUCUUGUUAUUCUCUCUCUUUGAACAGCUUAUGCUUGAUCUAUCCAGCACACAUCACAAAGUGAGAGCAGCCGUGAUCCCAUUGCUCUCAUUGUUACCUUUUAUACUAAAGGAGUUGAACAUGGAUAAAGACAAAAUCAUGUCUGAAAUGGAAAUACAAAAGGUUAUCAGCCAGUAUGCUAAAGACCAAGACCCUCGAGUGAGAAAGAGUGCUCUAGAUUCACUUGUUCAAAUGCACCAACGAGGAUGUCCUCUUGACUUAUCAAUAUACCACUUAUCAGUAGCAGCCCUAAGAGACGAUUAUGAAGAGGUUCGCAUUGGUGGAUUAAAUUUGAUGGGUGUGUUGAGUUCACUGUACCCUGAACAUCGAUUAAAAUUGGCACAUGAGGAAAUCACAGAAACAACGCGACUUAUUGAUGACGCGUUUAAUAAAGUGUGCGACUUGGUCAAUGAUGCUGCGGUCAUGGUCCGUACAAAGGCCUGUGUGAUGAUGGCAUCUUAUCAGAAUGUGGGCACAGACAUGCUAAAGCAGACGUUUAGCAAACAAAUCAUGUCACAUUUAAAACGAUCUCUUCCAAAGUGGAGGAUGCAGCAAAAGAAGUACGCAAAUGGAAUGAUACCUGUGGCAGAAGGUGAUUUUGACGUGGAAUCCGAUGAGUUCCACCUCCUGGAUUCAGGCGCAUGUGGUGCGUUCAUUCAUGGAUUGGAAGACGAGUACCAAGAAGUGAGAUACGCAUCUAUUGAUUCGAUUGGGGAGCUAUGUCUGUACAAUGAAGAGUUGACAAAGAAGGCAGUGGAGAAUCUUGUAGACAUGUUUAACGAUGAAAUUGAUAAGAUAAGAGUAAAUGCAAUUCAAAGUCUUCGUAAGAUUGGCACAAGAUCACUUGUGGAGUUUGAUGAGGAGCAGCUUGAAAUUGCAGUAGGAGCUCUUGAAGACAAAGAAUCUGUUGCCAGGCAUGCCACACACGAUCUAUUUACAGUCAUUCGGCUGACACAACAAAGUUCAAUGACAACCUUACUCACAGCGCUUGAAGCCAACAUGAAACGAUACCCGGAGGACAUGCUAUCUAUUUAUCGAUGCCUAGGUCGAGUAGGGAAGCGUCAUGAUGAUUAUGUGGAGAAUUUAAUACCGCAUAUGCUCAAGCUCGAUCGUCGGUUUUUGCCAAGAGAACCUAAUGUUGACGACAUGAUGUACACUGCUUAUGUGAUAUUAAUAGCCAAUGCGUGUGUAUCCAAUAUGCGACUGCUCACGACUUUACCAAAAUAUAUAUUCAGACACUUUGCCUACUUCAAGAGCAAGUAUGCUGACUGUUUACCUGAUUUAAGAAAGCUAUACAAAAACGCUGGAAUAAAGUUAGAAGGCGAUGUUGAUUGUUUGCCCAUGACAUUUAAUCGGUCCAAAAAGGCAACAACAGAUGAUGCAGAGAUUUAUACAAAGGCCACUGUAGAGAUGCUUCAGGUGAUUCAAACUCAAAUUAUGAGAAACGAUGAGUAUAAGCUUGCCUUGGUAACACUGGAGGCUGCAGCACGUAAUUUCAAAUAUAUUGCCAGUCUAAAGCCUGUGGAUGCUGGGAAAUCGGAUUUAGGUCAACUUUAUCUCGAAUGCUACAAUAUCAUGAUCAAGAUAAAGCAAAGUCACUCAGUGGGCGUCUUGUCGCCCACAGUACGGCAAGACGCUGCUUUACUUUUCAAAUACUCAUAUACGAUCGAACAUACCUUCUUGGGGCUCUCUGUUAACGUGUUGCACGCGGCUGCUCUCUUUCGCAUCUUGGGAAAUAUGGUGUGGCUGUUUAGUGUAGUUAAACAAAUGCCAGUGUCGGGCGAUACAUCAUUUGAUUUGAAACAUAUGCUGAUUGCUGCCAAACAGCGUGUUGAGUUAGUUCAAUCAUGUUUCCAGCAUAAAGUUCAUGAUAAUACCAUUCUUGAUGACCUAAAAAACGAUUUAGUAAAGGCAAUUGAGUUACCAAAUACUUCCAACAUGACUGCGCUGUAUUCAUUCAUUACGUCCUUUUUACCUGUACCUAUGCAACUGGAUAAUAAUCCCGUGAAACAUACAUCAGCCGUUAUUACUUAUCCAUUACCUAACGCAGAUAAGCCGUUAAAAUAUAGUGCGAUAUACAAACUCAAGCUCCAUGUGGAAGCCAACAUAUUUAAUGUGAAUGAUAUUACGUACAUUGCUAUCGAGGUCGUAUUGCCUAAUGAAUCCUCACAUGUAUUUUGGCCAGCCUAUAGUCACUUUAAGCCAGUGACUCCACUUAGUUACAAGCUGUCAACAGAUAUUGAACUUGAAUUGCCACCGUGGACGGAAGCAGCGUCUGUGAAGAUCCAAGUGAUUGUAUCAUUCGAACCUGAUUUACCUGGAUUAGAUGAGUAUAUCAUGACUUCUGUGAAGACUGCUUCUGCUGCUGUAAGUGAGCCACUGAGUUAUGUGGUCUUUCCUCAAAGCCAUUGAAGAAAACGAAUACACACGUGUAUAUGUGAUAUGCGUCAUUUGGUAUGAAUAGCAAGUGUAAGGGACAAGCAAUUAUGUUUUGGCAAUUGCAUAAUGAUAAAGAUAUAUAUAAAAUAUUCACACGCGCGUGAGGUGUCUAUUGCCAUUCUAUUUUUGUGUGUGCGUAUAUAUGUGAGAUAAUUACCGAGCUACCCUUUGAUGCAAUCCAAAAUUCCCUUCCCGGUUUUGAAAGGAAGAGAUAGUUGGUGGUGUAAGGGUCUAUUUUAAAAUGCAUAAUAUGCCAAGAUAUUCUACUGCCUUUACUCUACCGAUUAUUACGAUCAAUACGCUGUAAUUUAAACUACUCACAAAGGGGACAUAAAAACGUUUGCAAUGAUUAUCAUUGAACAUUGAUUUUUUUUUAUUCAAGUCAAAAAGAUUGACAAUAGAACUACAAUUGUAU